AUGCAAUUCAAAAAGCAGAACAAGGACCAAGUAUUGGCCACUAGUGCGCUUAAGGAUGCAAUGGGUGCUGAAAUGAAGAAUCGCACUGUACCCGUGUACGUCAAGAUGAUGGCUGGUAUGGCCGGUGGCGUGGCUGAGGCUUGUAUCUUACAGCCGUUGGAUGUGACGAAAACGAGAAUGCAAUUAGAUCGUUUGGGACAAUAUAACGGUAUGAUGCAUUGCGGCAAGACUAUAUACAAGACGGAAGGCGGUCUUGCGCUUUAUAAGGGUCUCUCACCCUUUGUGACGAAUAUGGUGCUUAAGUACGCGCUGCGCUUUGGCUCAUUUGCGUGGUUUAAGGAGCAAAUUGCUGGUGGAAAGGACAAGCCUAUUACGCCAACUAUUAAUUUUACCGCUGGUUUAUUGGCUGGUUGUAUUGAGUCGAUCUUUAUCGUGACACCCUUUGAGGUCAUCAAAACUCGCAUGCAGAAGGAGGUUGGUGUUGGCCGCUUUAGUGGACCUGUUGACUGCACGCGCCACAUCGUGCGAAACGAGGGCAUCCGUGCACUUUGGAAAGGUAAUGUUCCUACGAUGGCGCGACAAGGUAGUAAUCAGGCCUUUAACUUCAUGGCCUUUGCGUGGCUAAACCAUAACGUGUGGGAUAAGCAGGAUGGCGACGGCAAGACGCUGCCUACGUAUGCCACGUUCAUCAACGGUCUCAUUGCUGGUUCGCUUGGCCCCAUGCUAAACACGCCCAUGGACGUACUGAAGACGCGACUUAUGGCCCAGGAGACCGUGGCUGGCCAGGAGCUCAAGUACAAGGGUUUUUUUGAUGCUUUGAAAGUCAUAUCUCGAGAAGAAGGGAUUAGUGCCCUGUGGAAGGGUUUGCUGCCGCGUCUUACGAGGAUGGCACCCGGCCAGGCCAUAACGUGGUCGGUCGUCAUGCGUGUAACUUCCAUCUUUGAAAAUCAGGGCCUGGAUAUUGCCGAGAAUAAGAUUAAACUUUAG